UCACCUUCUUCCUCUUUCCAUUGUUGAGUUUCUCAACCCGGAGGACAUGGCUCUGCAUUCUUAUCUUCUUCUCCUUCUUCUUCUUCAAAUCUCUCUACUUGCAGCUGAUGAAGCAUUCAUUGGAGUGAACAUUGGAACAUCUCUCUCAGACAUGCCUCAUCCAACACAAGUAGUAGCACUUCUUAAAUCACAGCAAAUUCACCAUGUUCGGUUGUAUGAUGCUGACCAAGCCAUGCUCAUUGCACUUGCAAAGACAGGAAUUGAAGUUUCUGUCUCUGUCCCCAAUGAAGAACUCUUAGCAAUUGCCCAAUCAAAUUCCACAGCUGCCAAUUGGGUUUACCGAAAUGUUGUAGCACAUUAUCCAUCCACUAACAUAACAUCAAUUUGUGUUGGUUCUGAGGUUUUAACCACACUUCCUAACGUUGCAAAAAUCCUAGUCAAUGCCGUUAAGUACAUUCAUUCAGCUCUUGUCGCUUCGAAUCUGGAUCGCCAGAUCAAAGUUUCCACACCCCUUUCGUCUUCCAUGAUCCUCGAUUCGUUCCCUCCUUCCCAAGCCUUCUUUAACCGCUCCCUGAAUCCUAUCUUGAUUCCAAUGCUUGAUUUCUUGCAAUCAACUGGCUCCUAUUUAAUGCUCAACAUUUACCCGUACUAUGAUUACAUGGAAUCUAACGGGGUGAUUCCACUGGACUAUGCACUCUUCAAGCCUCUGCCUCCCAACAAAGAAGCCAUAGAUUCCAACACACUUGUACACUACACCAAUGUGUUUGAUGCUGUGGUGGACGCGGCAUAUUUCGCCAUGUCCUUUCUAAACUUCACCAAUAUCCCGGUGGUGGUGACGGAGACAGGAUGGCCUUCCAAGGGCGACCGGAACGAGCCGGACGCAACAUUAGACAAUGCAAAUGCAUAUAACAGCAAUCUCAUCAAACAUGUUUUAAACAUGACAGGAACUCCCAAGCAUCCGGGGAUAGCCAUUAGUACUUACAUCUAUGAGCUCUACAAUGAGGACACAAAAGCAGGGCCAUUGUCUGAAAAGAACUGGGGAUUGUUUGAUGCAAAUGGAAAACCUAUUUACAUAUUGCAUCUCACAGGGUCAGGAGCAGUUUUGGCUAAUGAUACUACAAAUCAAACUUACUGCGUUGCCAAGGAUGAUGCUGAUCCCAAGAUGCUGCAGGCUGGAAUAGAUUGGGCUUGUGGACCUGGCAAGGUGGAUUGCUCUCCAUUGCUUCAGGGCCAACCCUGCUAUGAACCCGACAAUGUGGUUGCACAUGCUAACUAUGCUUUUGAUACUUACUACCAUUUGAUGGGAAGGUCUUCUGAAGCCUGUAACUUCAAUCAAAUGGCUACAAUUUCUACCUCCAAUCCAAGUCACGGUUCUUGUGUAUUUCCGGGAAGUCUCGGCAAAAAUGGAACCUUUGAUAAUGUGACAGCAGCAUCAAUGAACUCAACAAGUUUAGAUUCUUCUGCUAACAAUGUUCAUAGAAGCCUUGUAUUGGUGAUAGGAGUAGUAGUAACAUGGGGAGUGGUUUUGCUAUGAUACAUUCCUUAAGGUAUCAUAUGCUCCUCAUUAGAUUAUUCUGUGAAAAAUGAUGAUGAUGUUGCAAUCUCAAACUUCAAAGUCCAAAGUGGUCUGGUCCAUUCAACUUUGUACUAGAAUAUCGUUUGACAGUUGACAAGGCAUUAACUAGGCCAAUUUUUUUUUGGAAGCCUUUCUUCUUUUUUUCAAUGUAAGAUGUGAUCGGAUAAUACAAUUCAAUAUUCCAGCCUGUAAAUUAAGUAGGAUUUAAGGAAGGACUAGGUGGCUGCCAUUUGCCAAAGCGUUUCCUUCACCUUCAAAACAUGUAUAAAGAAUAUUCUUCAUUGAAUUUUCCAGAUGGAAAAA